AUGAAAAUUCCUCCCAAGAAACCUCAUUUCUUCAAACCUAUUAUGCCAGGUUUCAAGAAUGGAAUUAAAAUUCCUAAAGGUUUCUUGAAGUAUCUCAGGGGAUACGAGCAUAUUGAACACUCAGUACUAAAAAUAGUGGGGAAGAAGUGGCCGGUGAAAGUGAACGGCGGUAGACUGGAAGAGGGCUGGAAAAAGUUUGCAAAGGAUCAUGAUCUGCAAGAAUAUGCUGAGUAUUUGCAGGAAGAAGGAGGAGGAGCAGCGCGUACUAACACAUCCACAUACAUGAGUAAAUCAAAUGCUACAGAAAAGCCAAAGCCUAAUGUCAUGUCAUCACACAAGGAUUUCCCCGAUGUAGAAGCAGCUAAGGACAUGCCUCUGGGUCGCCCUCAUUUCAUUUCUACCAUCAAGCCCAGUUGCUUUUCAAAGUAUUUGUUUCAUGUUCCAAAACUAUUUGCACGGGAAAAUGGCCUCAGCGACAGGAAAUGUAGGAUAACGAUAAGAGAUGAGCAAAGGUCAUGGGCGUUUAAGCUAUAUGACAGUGCAGGCAGCACUUUCAUUGGAGGUGGAUGGCGUAAAUUUUGCGCUGCUAAUUUGUUAAAGGAAGGAGAUCCAGUAAUGUUUGAGAUGUUUUCCAAGGGAGAGGAACCUGUUUGA